AUGUCGCGCCGCAAGCAGGCGAAGCCGCGGUCCCUCAAAGACCCCAACUGUAAGCUGGAGGACAAGCCCGAGGAUGGCGAGGCGCUAGACGGCCACAAGCGGCCGGAGGAGGCGGAGGAGCUGGAGGACGAGGCCGUGCACAGCUGCGACAGCUGCCUGCAGGUGUUCGAGUCGCUGAGCGACAUCACCGAGCACAAGAUCAGCCAGUGCCAGCUGGCAGAUGGCGUGGACGUGGAAGAUGACCCCACCUGCUCGUGGCCGGCCUCCUCGCCCUCCAGCAAGGACCAGACCUCCCCGAGCCACGGCGAGGGCUGCGACUUCGGCGAGGAGGAGGGCGGCCCCGGCCUGCCGUACCCCUGCCAGUUCUGCGACAAGUCCUUCAGCCGCCUCAGCUACCUGAAGCACCACGAGCAGAGCCACAGCGACAAGCUGCCCUUCAAGUGCACCUUCUGCAGCCGCCUCUUCAAGCACAAGCGCAGCCGCGACCGGCACGUGAAGCUGCACACGGGCGACAAGAAGUACCACUGCAGCGAGUGCGACGCGGCCUUCUCCCGCAGCGACCACCUCAAGAUCCACCUCAAGACGCACACGUCCAACAAGCCCUACAAGUGCGCCAUCUGCCGCCGCGGCUUCCUGUCCUCCAGCUCGCUGCACGGGCACAUGCAGGUGCACGAGCGCGGCAAGGAGGGCGGCCCGCCGGGCGCCCGGCUGGACGACUGGAAGCUGAAGGACACGCAGAAGUGCAGCCAGUGCGAGGAGGGCUUCGACUUCCCCGAGGACCUGCAGAAGCACAUCGCCGAGUGCCACCCCGAGUGCUCGCCCAGCGAGGACCGCGCCGCCCUGCAGUGCGGCUACUGCCACGAGCUCUUCGUGGAGGAGGCCUCGCUGCUGGGCCACGUGGAGCAGGCGCACGGCGGCGAGAAGAAGAACGCCUGCAGCCGGUGCUCCGAGAGCUUCCUCACCGCGGAGGAGCUGUACAGCCACGUGGACAGCCACCAGCAGCCCGAGUCCUGCAACCACAGCGACAGCCCGUCCCUCGUCACCGUGGGCUACACCUCCGUGUCCAGCACCACGCCCGACUCCAACCUGUCGGUGGACAGCUCCACCAUGGUGGAGGCCGCCCCGCCCCUGCCCAAGAGCCGCGGGCGGAAGCGGGCCGCCCCGCAGGCCGCCGACGUGGCCGGGGGCUCGGGCAAGCAGGCCAAGGUGACCUACAGCUGCAUCUACUGCAGCAAGCAGCUCUUCUCCAGCCUGGCCGUGCUGCAGAUCCACCUGAAGACCAUGCACCUGGACAAGCCGGAGCAGGCGCACAUCUGCCAGUACUGCCUGGAGGUGCUGCCCUCGCUCUACAACCUCAACGAGCACCUGAAGCAGGUGCACGAGGCCCCGGACGCCGGCCUGCUGGUGCCGGCCAUGCCCGCCGUGGUCUACCAGUGCAACUUCUGCUCCGAGGUCGUCAACGACCUCAACACGCUGCAGGAGCACAUCCGCUGCUCGCACGGCUUCGCCAACCCCGUGGCCAAGGACAGCAACGCCUUCUUCUGCCCCCACUGCUACAUGGGCUUCCUCACGGACUCCUCCCUGGAGGAGCACAUCCGGCAGGUGCACUGCGACCUCGGCGGCUCCCGCUUCGGCUCCCCCGUGCUCGGCACGCCCAAGGACCCCGUCGUCGAGGUCUACUCCUGCUCCUACUGCACCAACUCGCCCAUCUUCAACAGCGUCCUCAAGCUCAACAAGCACAUCAAGGAGAACCACAAGAACAUCCCCCUGGCCCUGAACUACAUCCACAACGGGAAGAAGUCCCGGGCCCUGAGCCCGCUGUCCCCCGUGGCCCUCGAGCAGACCUCCCUGAAGAUGAUGCAGGCGGUGGGGGGCGCGCCCGCGCGGCCGGGGGCGGCGGCCGGCGAGUACGUGUGCAACCAGUGCGGCGCCAAGUACACGUCGCUGGACGGCUUCCAGACGCACCUGAAGACGCACCUGGACACGGUGCUGCCCAAGCUGACCUGCCCGCAGUGCAACAAGGAGUUCCCCAACCAGGAGUCGCUGCUGAAGCACGUGACCAUCCACUUCAUGAUCACCUCCACCUACUACAUCUGCGAGAGCUGCGACAAGCAGUUCACGUCGGUGGACGACCUGCAGAAGCACCUGCUGGACAUGCACACCUUCGUCUUCUUCCGCUGCACGCUGUGCCAGGAGGUCUUCGACUCCAAGGUGUCCAUCCAGCUGCACCUGGCCGUGAAGCACAGCAACGAGAAGAAGGUGUACCGCUGCACCUCCUGCAACUGGGACUUCCGCAGCGAGGCCGACCUGCAGCUGCACGUGCGCCACAACCACCUGGAGAACCAGGGCAAGGCGCACAAGUGCAUCUUCUGCGGCGAGGCCUUCGGCACCGAGGUGGAGCUGCAGUGCCACAUCACCACGCACAGCAAGAAGUACAACUGCCGCUUCUGCAGCAAGGCCUUCCACGCCAUCAUCCUGCUGGAGAGGCACCUGCGCGAGAAGCACUGCGUCUUCGAGGCCAAGGCGCCCAACGGCGGCGCCAACGGGGCGGCCGAGCAGGCGCAGAAGGAGGAGGCGGAGCUGCAGACGCUGCUCACCAACAGCCAGGAGUCCCACAACAGCCACGACGGCAGCGAGGACGACGUGGACGCCUCGGAGCCCAUGUACGGCUGCGACAUCUGCGGCGCGGCCUACACCAUGGAGACGCUGCUGCAGAACCACCAGCUGCGCGACCACAACAUCCGGCCCGGCGAGAGCGCCAUCGUCAAGAAGAAGGCGGAGCUCAUCAAGGGCAACUACAAGUGCAACGUGUGCGCGCGCACCUUCUUCUCGGAGAGCGGCCUGCGCGAGCACAUGCAGACGCACCUGGGCCCCGUCAAGCACUACAUGUGCCCCAUCUGCGGCGAGCGCUUCCCCUCGCUGCUCACGCUCACCGAGCACAAGGUCACGCACAGCAAGAGCCUGGACACGGGCAACUGCCGCAUCUGCAAGCUGCCGCUGCAGAGCGAGGAGGAGUUCCUGGAGCACUGCCAGAUGCACCCCGACCUGCGCAACUCGCUCACCGGCUUCCGCUGCGUGGUCUGCAUGCAGACCGUGACCUCCACGCUCGAGCUCAAGAUCCACGGCACCUUCCACAUGCAGAAGACCGGCAGCGGGGCCGCCGUGCAGGCCGCCGGGCGCGGCCCGCACGGCCCCAAACUGUACAAGUGCGCCUCCUGCCUCAAGGAGUUCCGCUCCAAGCAGGACCUGGUGAAGCUGGACAUCAACGGGCUGCCCUACGGGCUGUGCGCCGGCUGCGUGAGCCUCAGCAAGAGCGGCAGCCCAGGCCUCUCCGCCGGGCCCGGCGCCGCCAGGCCCGGCCUGGGCCCCGGCGAAGGCCUGGGCGGCCUCGAGGGGAAGGGCAAGGCCGGCGGCCCCAAGACGCGCUGCUCCAGCUGCAACGUCAAGUUCGAGUCGGAGGGCGAGCUGCAGAGCCACGUGCAGGCCGUGCACCGGGAGCUGCUGCCGGACGGGGCGGGGGGCGCGCCGCUGAAGACCCCGCAGGUCUCACCCAUGCCCCGCAUCAGCCCCUCCCAGGCGGACGAGAAGAAGACCUAUCAGUGCAUCAAGUGUCAGAUGGUUUUCUACAACGAAUGGGAUAUUCAGGUGCAUGUUGCAAAUCACAUGAUUGAUGAAGGACUCAACCACGAGUGCAAGCUCUGCAGCCAGACCUUCGACUCCCCGGCCAAACUGCAGUGCCACCUGAUCGAGCACAGCUUCGAGGGCAUGGGGGGCACCUUCAAGUGCCCCGUGUGCUUCACAGUGUUUGUCCAGGCAAACAAGCUGCAGCAGCACAUUUUCUCCGCCCACGGACAGGAAGACAAGAUCUACGACUGCACGCAGUGUCCGCAGAAGUUCUUCUUCCAAACGGAGCUGCAGAAUCACACGAUGACCCAGCACAGCAGCUAG